UCGAUAUGUUUUCCAUUUAUAUAAAAUGUACAUAUAUGGCUUCUGAACGGAAUUAAGGCUACGACAAGGCUUUCACUCGAAGACAAAUCAUGAUACUGUGACACAAUGGUUUUGAAUUUAUAUGUAUCGGAAGGCAAAUGUGAAAAAGUGAAUUAAAAAAUGAAAGUGAACUGAUUCGUAUCUGGUUUUGUGUGUGAAACAAACGAUUAAUUUUUUGGAUGUGUAAAAGAAGAAAUAUGAGUUUACACAACGAAGAAGUUUCAAGUAGUAAAACGGACCUCAACAAAGCCGCUUGCCAGGGGCACAAGGACGAAGGGACAGACUAUGGGUGUGUUUACUGUUCAACACCCACAAGACAAGUGGAAGAUAUACUUAUUGUCACAGCUGUGGUACUUAUGUCGAUAGGGUUCGCCGUUAUGUGCAUGGGAUAUAUCAUUCCAAGGGGCUACGCGUUUGAUGCUACGCUUCCUGCACGAGAGAUGGAACAGAUUGAGCUUCAUUACAACCGCCUCGCCUACUAUCUUGACGUCUGUGUCGUCGUCGGGAUGGGAUUUAUCGCCGGCGGCGGGAUUAUAGCCACCAGUGUGACCAUGUACCACUACUUUGGAAGUCGUCGGCGGGUGUACCGUGAAAGGGACCGGCGAGACCUGACUUUACUGGGGGACAGAAUGUCGACAUACGGAACUGAUAGACCGAGGUGAAAAGUGAAAAUCUACCUGGACGCUUAUUCAGGAAAUAUGGGGGGGGGUGUGCCUAAAAUUUAGAUGUUGGAAUAAAAUGUUGCCUACUUUGUGUCUGAUUACAAAUGGAUUAUUAAUGUCAAUUUUCAAUUGAAGUAAUUUCUACAUUAAAAAUUCGCUAUAUCGAAGUCGUUGUGACCUCGGAAAAUACUUCGAGAUAACGAGCAUUCGAUAUAAUCGAAAUACAAACAUGUCUUACUUAACCAAACACGUUCGAAAACAAUUCGACAUAACCAGAACAUCAAGAUAACUGUGUUUCAUAGCGAGUUUCCAUUAUAUAUUUAGACGUAUAUAUUAAAGUAAUACGUACUUAGUGCGUGGUUCACGUCUCUUUAAUACAAUAAGAUAAAAAAAUAGUUCGUUCAAAUAUUCAUUGCACUUUGUUUUUGCUUUGGUAAAAGUUCAAAGUUAAUUGCUUGUCAAUGAAGUCCAUAUAGAUCCCAUUUUGUUAUUCAUUGUUAAUGAUUUUUUAAAUUGUCUGUGAUUCAAUACUUCUGUUCAUAUUUAUAAAUGUACCAGUAUUGGUGAUGACAGGGAAAAUAAUGUUAUUUUGGUAAUUAGCUUAAAUUUAGCGCAAAUGUUUCUGUUUGAAUAAAAAAAUCCUUUA